GGCAACUAUGUUGAAAUGUCUGAUCCAACCACCCACACACCCUCAAAAGUGGUGAUACAAGAUAUUACGAUGGAGCUACAUUGCCCACUGUGUAAUGAUUGGUUCCGUGAUCCACUGAUGCUGAGCUGUGGCCACAACUUCUGCCAAGUCUGUAUUCAAAACUUCUGGAAACUGCAUGCAAAAGAAACGUUCUGUCCUGACUGUAAGAUGCUAUGCCAGUAUAGCAACUGUACAUUCAACCUUGUGCUGGAGAAGCUGGUAGAGAAGAUUAAGAAGUCACCCCUGCUCAAGGGCCAUCCGCAGUGCCAAGAGCAUGGAGAGAACCUGAAACUGUUCAGUAAGCCAGAAGGGAAAAUGAUCUGCUUUCAAUGCAAGGAUGCACGGUUGUCUAUGGGGCAGUCUAAGGAUUUCCUGCAAAUCUCUGAUGCUGUCCGUUUCUUUACGGAUGAGCUUGCUACCUAUCAGAGCCAACUUCAGAACACCCUCAAGGAGCUUCAGUCUCUCAGAACUAUGCAGAAAGAUGCUAUUGCUGCUUACAAGGACAACAAGAUACAAUUGCAACAACAACUUUCCCUGGAGUUUCUAAAACUGCAUCAGUUCCUGCACAACAAAGAGAAGGACAUUCUAAACGAGCUCCGGAACGAGGGGAAAGUCUUGAGCGAGGAGAUGGAGGCGAAUCUGAACCAGCUUCAGGAACAGUGUCUUCUCGCCAGAGACAUGCUGGCGAACAUUCAGACACGGAUUGAGCAGCAGAAUCCAUUCGACUUCCUCAAAGACAUCACAAAGCUCAUAGAUAGUGUGGAGAAAGGAAUGAGGGCACUCACGCCCAGUCAGCUUAUCUCCAAAAAGCUGAGCCCAGGCCGCUUCAAAGGUCCCAUCCAGUAUACAACCUGGAAGGAAAUGCAGUCCAUUCUUUGUCCAGGCCUGUCUCAAAUAACUCUGGAUCCUAAAACAGCUCAUCCAAAUCUGGUGCUAUCCAAAAGCCGGACCAGUGUGUGUCAUGGUGAUGUGAAGCAGGUAAUGCCUGAUGACCCAGAGAGGUUUGAUUCCAGUGUGGCUGUACUGGGCUCAAAAGGCUUCACCUCUGGAAAGUGGUACUGGGAAGUGGAAGUAGGAAAGAAGCCAAAAUGGACAGUUGGAGUCGUCAAAGAGUCCAUCAUUCGGAAAGGGAGUUGCCCUCUCACUCCUGAGCAAGGAUUCUGGCUUUUAAGACUAAGGAACCAAACUGAUCUAAAGGCUCUGGAUUUGCCUUCUUGUAGUCUGAAACUGGGUGAGCUCAACAGGGUGGGCAUAUACCUGGAUUAUGAGGGAGGGCAGGUGUCCUUCUAUAAUGCUGCGACCAUGACCCAUCUUUACACCUUCAGUUGUCUUUUCAUGGAGAAACUUUUCCCCUACUUCUGCCCCUGCCUUAAUGAUGGUGGAGAGAAUAAAGAACCACUGCAUAUCGUACAUCCACAGUAA